GUGGGUGUGUUGUUUACAAAAAUACACUCCCAUAUAACAAAUAGCGGUUAACGUAAAUUUCACUGUAAAUAUUCUGAAGUGUUGUGGGGCACGUCAUUUGGAAUGUACGCACUACUUUGUAUGUCAUUGAACUAUUUCAUUAUCUGACCUGAAUUUUCCCUCCCGGAUGUGGUUUAAUAGGGGGCAUUGUAAAGAAGGAAAAGGCAUGUGUGGUGAUAAUUCCUCUGCACCGUUGAAUAUCUCCAUGUCAUCUUUGUUUACAUUGAUGUUUAAAUGUUUCAUUGAUAAAUACGCACCAUUUCUGUAAACCUGAUAGUAUUAUUUUACAUGUGACUCUGAUCAUCUGCCGUAGUGUGCUAAAACUCAAUAAGAGUGACCUGACCCAAUUGCACCACGCUGAAUCUUAGUAACGGACGCGCGAGAGGUUUCCGCUGAGCUUUUUUUGUGUGGCAGUUAAAGUAUAUUGACCCUUGGCCGAGCGUUGAGGUCACAAGGAGAAAAUAUCGUGAAGUAAAAACGCUGGAUAUCUUCGAUCGGAGGGACUUCCACAUCGACGAGCUCACGAGGAUAAGUAAUGAAAUCAUAUUCGUAGACUGUAAACAAAAUUGAUUAUAGAUCGCUGUAUCGCAUCUAGCAGUAUCAUCUGGUCAGUGCUGACCUACUAAACUAGUGGUCAUACAGUGCAUGUAUCGCCAGCGACCUUGAUCCAAAACUGAUGGGAUAUUACUGAGAGCGGACUCCAGAAAAGGGACGUCAUCCAGACUAAAUCACAUGUACUUAACAUAGGAUUUCGUUCUGUUGGAGAUCGUUUGGAUGACCUACGUACUAGUGAGACCGUUUGGAAACGCCACUCGUGGAUGGACAUAUGUUAUGUGACUAACUGAUGAUUUAGGAUUCAUUUUGUUUCAGUACAUGGACCACAUUUCCAACCAAUGACGCAGAACUAUGGGAGGAAAUGGAGGUUAUUAUUACUUUAAUACAUUUCGCAAAGAUACGCGACUAUAGUAAAUAAUUCCCUUUCAUUCAGCAGUAUGGUGAUUUUUUUCCUCGUCACUAAGCUUUCAUGUCGCUGAUUUGGAUUGAAUCCAUCAAAAGACAAAACUUUGCCUGUGGUGCUCACAUUAUUUUCAUAAUAAUAUGAGGCCAUACUUUUCCUAACUCCGAUCUCCGAGAGUUACAGGCGUGAAUACAGGGGUUUCUAUGCAAAUGAGAGGAAUGGUACAAAACCGAUUACGGGUGUCAAACGACACUGAUUCUUUCAGGGCAUGUUUCAGUCCUUACUUUGCAAACGAUUUAAUGUUCUGUGCUUUCACGCUUUGUUGACAUGUACUCAGGAAAUUACCAAAUUCCAGGUAUAUAUUUGGUAAUAUUUCAGUAGAAAUUUACCCUUUUUGUUUAUUUAAUGAAAUCAUAUUCAGUACUGACAGAGCUAACAUCCUCCUCUUACAACGCAAAAAUAUUUUAACGUAUAGACUGAUGGGAGUGGCCGGUAGUGAGGGAAACACCCCCUCCCUUCUUUCAGUCACCUAAAAUGAUGUUUCCACGAUAGUAUUUCCCAUCUUACUUUUCUUUGAAAAGCAUGGUCACUUCACAAAUGGGUGAGUUAAUAUUAUCUAUCAAUGCCACUGUCUUAAUGAAUUCUAAUCAAAUAUAGAUCUUGUUUUCAUUAAUUAUUGUAAAUACAAGUAUUUGAAUUUAUUGAUAAAUUUUCAAAGAUCAUGGAAUUAAUGUUUUGAAACAUGAAAGAAGAACUGCUAAAUAAACUGCAACAUAUUUAUUUUUUGCCCAAACUGGGUUAGUAGUUAAACAAAAUAAUUGUUUCACAUAAUUUAACACUCAGAGAAAAACAAUCUCUGUUUGCCUUAGGCAUGUGGCUGGACAUAGCAAUUAUUUAUAAGCAUUGAGUUCAUAAACUUAAGUGGCUAACAUACUUACUAGAGCAAGUAAAGAAACUAAUUGAAGUUAGUUUCCUCAGUAGUGAUCUUUAUUUUGGUUUCCAUAUUUUAAUCAUUUAGACUUUAAAAACAGCAGUAAGAAUAUUUCAAUAAUUAGAGAAAAUUACCAGUCAGUAAAGACAAGAAUUUUUCUUUAGUUUUGGAUAAUGUGAUAUACUAAUAUUCACAAAUUGCGAGGUAUUCUUAACAACAAUAUUCUUGUGGGAAAAGGGAUCAUUCGUGUGUGGGGGAAAGUAAUUCUAUUAACUGGUAACAUUUCAGGAACAUGUGCUAUGCUGGUCAGUUCUCCUGUGUAAAUUGUGAUUUUAAAAUAUAUGUACAUUCUUGUGCUUGGAUUAUAAAACCACAAUGCAUUUACAAUAUACCGUGGCCUCCCUGUAGAUUAAUACAUGCACAUAUACUAGGCAUCAGACUAAAAUAUUAAUUGAUAUUUCAAAAGUGAAUGUAAACAGCACUUACUGUACAUAAUAUCCUUUUGUUUAUAGACUUGAGUGAAAAUGAGUUUGUUUUGUUUUUAACCAUAUAAAGUGUUCAUAAGUUUGUCUACUCUUGUACAAUUCAAUCUGCAAAUACUUGUAGUAUUUACACAAGUUAAGUAUCCCUCAUAUGUCAAUCAAACCCUGCGUAAACUCCUUCUUUCUCUGAUGUACAUUUAAAUGUAUUCAAGUGACCAUUUCUUAUAAAUAUUUAGAUGUCAUCUGUGCAUUACUGUCCGUGAUGGUAUCCAGAUGAUCCAUCAUAAGUCAGGGAUUCUAUCUGUAAAUAACAGGUUAAGUUGUUUUCCUGAAUAAACAAACGGUAUCUUAUAUUAUCAACCCAUGUUUACUUUGGAGAACAUAUGGGGUACUAUAACACUGUAUUAUACUAAUGAGUUUUCCCACCAUGACUGUAGUAAUUUGCUGAGAGGCACUGAUGUGUAUUACACAACAUCAUAGACUGAAAAAUACAUACAGCAAGUAUUUAAUGAUAUAAAGAAAAUAAAUAUAAAAGAAAGAGUUCACUAAAUGAAUUGUACGCUGAUAAAUCUAGAAUAAUUUCAUGGUUGUUCCAGUUCAUCCCUGGGUAGAAUUAUAUUAUGUAAACUUGGUCAAUAUAGUAAGAGGUGUUAAAGGGACAACACAUAAGGUAUAUAUCAGUUUUAGUUUUGUUUCAAAAUUAAGAGUUUGUUCAUGAGAGUGCAAGAAGUACUAUUUUUAAAAAUCUAUACUAUCAGUAUUUGUAUAUGUAUCUGAAGAGGCCCGAUGGUGAAGAUAUUGAAAUGAAGGGGAGAUCCUCACCAGUGUAUAUGUGUUUGUGGUGUGCUUAUAUUUGUGGUGAUUCUGAUGAUAGUUUAUUCUAAUGAUGUCAUUUUUUCAUGUUUAUUUUGUGUCAAAGAAACAUGAAAAUUAAUUUUAGAUAUAUGUUUCACUUCUUCCCACAUUUUUGUUUUGGUUAUUAGAGAGAAUAGAAUCAAAAUUUCAGUAUUGUGUUUCAUCAUUUGUGUUGCAUUAACGACAGUAGAUUUUUAAAAUCAAUAUAGCACAGAAAUUUGUUAAAAUUAUAUGUAUAUAUUUUACUAUUACCAAGACAUUAUUUAUCUAUGGUAAAUUUGUUCUUUAAUUUAUUAUCUUUAUUUUUCUUUUGUAAAUUCAAUUCAAUUAAGUCGAAAAAUUCAAACACUUCUAAAACUUAAUUUUUGUUUAUGAACUUAAUAUAUUUAAUAUUUUUCUGAUUGAUUUUUGUUGAUAAAAUACUCUGUCAUAUAUUGUUUUUAAUAGUUUGGAAUUUUUGUGUAUUAUCUUAAAUUCAGAAAUAUGUGAAAUUUCAUUUGCACAAUGCCAUUCCCUGUAGUUAUUCAUCGCUAUGGGAUUCUCUUUCAGACUUGUAGAAGUGUUGAAAAGUUAAUUGAACCUUUGACAGUGUGUGGUUGUUUAGCUCCUUUUCGAAAUGUUUGUGUUUACAAAAUGGCUUCCAUAAAGUACAAUUUCUUUUCAGGUGGGGGUCGAAGGAGGGGCCGAUGUAAAUGGUUCAACGUGGCCAAAGGAUGGGGCUUUGUUACCCCGGAUGAUGGAACACAAGACGUGUUUGUCCAUCAAUCAGUGGUUCACAAGUCUGGAUUCAGAAGUCUGGACGAUGGAGAGGAAGUGGAAUUUGAAAGUAAACCAUCCGACAAAGGGGUGGAAGCCAUGUUCGUGUGUGGACCCUCUGGAACGGAAUGCAGGGGCAGCUCCCGGAGACCCCUGUCCAGGAAAAAGUUCAGGAAAAUAAGGUGCUACAACUGUGGUGACUUUGGAAACCAUAUUGCUGCCAAAUGUCCCCACGGCCCUUUACCAAAGAGAUGUCAUAAUUGUAAAUCCACUGAACACCUCAUUGCUGACUGUCCGAUUCGAACACCUGAAAAGCCACUAGUCCGAAACGGCAGUAAUAAUGUCGGACUCGGUGACGGUCAUAGUUCCGGAAUAGGAGGUCUGUGAAAGUGUUGUUCAUUUGUGUUAAUCGGAAGACAACAUAACAUGUUAAUCUAUCAAUUGACUUGGUUUGAUGAGUACGUUUUAUUGAAUUAUUCUGACAAAAUAUUAUUUCUACUUUGUGGAUUUAUGGCCAUGCAUAUGCUGUAUUGUGUUCAAAGCUGAUCGGAAAUGCUGGAACCACUUCGGAUACAUAAUAGGUUCUUAUUAUUUCAACUGUCCUAACACAUUUCACCAAUAUGGAGACGUAUUUCGGUGUUUAACAUUCAGUUCCGGGUGGACGCAUAUUGCUGAAAUAUACAUUUUAUUAUGUAGUAGCAUUUUGUGCAUAUUGUUGCUGUUUUAGUCACGUGACUGACAGCCACGUGAUAUUCAUCGUGUCGUUUUUUAUUUGAAUGUCAAGCUUUAUAUUACUUGUGUGUUUCACAUGAUGUAAGACUAUGUAGCAACCAUAUCUACCUCCAGUGAGGAUUUUUAGCAUUUUUGAAAUGUGUGUUAUUUGUGUUUUAGUUUUUAUUUUUAUUUCUUAUUCUUUUUUAUAUCAGGGGCGCCAAGACAAACAAUGACAGAAGAGUUACAAUAAAGAUAAAUAUUUUAUAUGUUAUAUUUUCUUAACCAAACUGAGAGAAAGAAGAAAUACAAAUAAAAAAGUAAGAUAGAGAUAAAGAUUAUAUACAGAAUUAAAUGGCAGCAGUUUUACCCUGUUUAAUCAUUGGAAACCCAUGUUGAUAUCAUACUGAAAGAUUAAAACCAUAACUAAGUCUUUCUGAUCUUUAAUAAGUUUGGAGUGAAAUGUCGUCACUAAGUAAUGCGUUAAUAAUUUGAUUAGCGGCAUACAUUGAUAGACUCGAGAUUUAGUUUAUAUCGAUAAUCAGGUAAAUUCUACAUCUUGACAAUAGAUGUAUGAUGUAAUCAAAUUCAUCAUGUACAUCGUCAAGUUCUUCUAUAACAGUUUACGAUUUUUUUUUCUUCGAAAAUUAAACACCAACUAACAUCUGUAUAUGAUAGAAGUAUUCAUUGUAGCAUGAACUGACGAAAUCAAAACAAAACCUACCUUCAUCUAGUGCAAUAUGUAGGAACGAGUGGAAGAGCUAAUAUUAUUUUCAUUUCAUUGACCAUUCAAUGAUUAAACAGUCGGUAAUGGAGACUGAAAAAUUAAAGGAGAAAUCAAAUAUUUUAGCUAUUGGCGAGAUACAUCGUUUUUAUUUGGCGUGAAAUACUUCUUUUUGAUAACCUUUCUUGUAUCUAUCUUUCAUAUCAAUUUUUACUCUUUCGUGGUCGACAUGCCAAUUACUAGGUAAAUGUCUUCUGUUUUAUUGGGAUUUUAUAGUAUACGAGCAAGGGUCCCAUUUUUUAUUUUAAACUCAAGUACACACACCUAAUUUGUGAAUAUAUAUUUGUUUUCAUGUAAAACUGGAUAUUUUUCUUUGUGCAAAAUACUCAUAAAAAGAAACUUUGUUAGA